UCAUGAGCUUGAGUCUGUACUAUUCCAAGAUGGCAGCCUCCAUGUGGAGAAAAAGUGGAUCCCGAAUCCAGGGAAAUGUCGUACAAUUCUUACGUUUUUCGAGAUUGGCCUUAGCCUCAAAUCACACCAAGGAAUAUUCCGAUCAAACACAAUCAGUGGUCAUUCCAAAUAAAGUCAAGAGGGAUGAUUUAUCUGUAUUGAGAGCAUUAAGUCAAACUGUCAGCAAGGACCCUACUGCCUUGCCUUAUGUGUUUAUAGAUGACCCAUAUCUUCUUCCAAAGUCAGCCGCUGAAAGGAGAAGAUACCUUCUUGCCAAGGAAUCUGGAAGGAAAUCAGCUCAGUAUGUCAUGAACAGCAAGCCAGAAGUAUUCUUAGGGUUACAGAAAGAUGAACCAAAAAUUGAGGCAUUUUAUCCACCCGUUGACAGUGCAGUAAGUGAGGUAAACGAGGCAGCCAUCUUAGAAAGGAUAGGUGUGAGAGACAUGGAGGGCGCACUUCAGGUUCACACCCAACUUAUAGAAUCAGGUCAUCAUGUAUCACUGGAGGUGAAUAAUAUCCUUCUUGAUUUUCUCUGCUACCAUGGAGGUCACCUUCCAACAGAUGAUUCUGUCCUUAAGAAAAUGUUGGCUCCGAACACUCAAAAAGAGGAAGGAGAAGGUGACACAGCAUCAGAGAUUGGGGAGGAGAACGGCGAAGGUGUCGUCAAGAGUGGCAAAGAAGAAAAUAGCAACCUGAAAAGAUGGAAGAAUAGAUACAAGUUAAUCCAGUGGAAAGAUGGCAAUCCUGCGGAUAAGUUGUUUGAUAGUAUGGAAGAGAGAGAUUCUAGGAGCUAUAAUAGCAUGAUCAGAGGAUUAGUUAAGCAUGGAGCUCACUCACGUGCAUACACCCUUUACAACGAGAUGCAGGAGAGAGGGAUACAAACUGACGUCCAUGCCUAUAAUGCGUUGAUAGAGGGCAGUAUCAGUAUCAGAGAUGAUUAUAAGGAACGGUGGUCUGUAAUGGCACAACUGAUGAAACAGAUGGAUAUAGAGAAAGUACAACCCAAUCUAGGUACAUUCAAUACUCUGCUUGACAAUCUAAGAAUCAUGGGUGCCCUUGGACGUAAGAUGGGCCUUAAAACGGUAGCAGAGAUGAAGGCAUGUGGUGUUGAGCCCAGUCUUGGAACUUACAGUUUGCUGCUUAUGAUCUUCUAUAAAGACAGUCUUCCCCCAAGUGAUAUCUUGUAUGAUAUAAUGGAUACGAUAGAAGGACAGGAAUUCUCAAUGAGACAUCCUAAGGAUGUGGAAUUCUUUAAAAAUGCCAUGUCUGUGUGCUUAUCACUGAGGGAUGUAGAGCUGGCAUACAGUGUAGACCUUCUUCUUAACACUGGAGAGAAUUACAAGCUUGCCGGUGAUUACACGGGUCAAAAUGUCUACUAUGGAAAAUUCUUUCAUUUAAUCUGUCUGAUGGACAAUGCUGAAUCCAUGUUUGAAUACUACAACAAGUUUGUACCAUCAGCUUUGAUCCCUAGUACAAUUGUUUACAUGGACAUGUUGAGGUCAUUAGAAACUGCCUGUGCAUAUGACAACAUUCCUCAACUAUGGAAUGAUAUGUGUAUGUAUGGUCAUCGAUAUCGCCAGGAUGUUUUAGAGACUCUCAUCCAGGUUAUGGCUACCUCAUCCGAUGCAAGCCCAGAGCAUAAAUCCCAGUUUUGCUCUGUUGCACUGGACAUCAUAUCAGCAGCCAAAGAAUCAACUUCAAGAGCAGACCAAAUCAAAUUUGGUUCGUUGACGCUUGAAUUCAUCAUGAGUAUUUGUCUUCAAGCUAAAGAAUUGGAAGCGUCAUGGAGAGCAAUGCAGUAUAUAGAGAAGAAGAACAAAGUACCGAGCAUUGCAUUAUUGGAAGACUUCAUCCAGCUAUGUGUAGAUGAGCAGGAUAUCACUAAAGCCUUAGGUUGCGUAAGGCUGGCUGUAGGAAGCGGAUUACCAGGAUCUGUUGGGUUAGCUGACAGCAUCAGAACAAAUCUCAAGCUUAACAAUCAACAAAGGAAACUAUUGGAGGAUAUAAUGAUUGAGGAGGAUAUGUUAUGAAGCCCAGGUUUUGACAUACCAGGGCCCCGUCUUACAAAGAGUUACGAUUGAUCCAAUCAAUCGUGAAUCUAUGGAAAUCCAUCAGUGUCAUAAUUUUUUCCACAGGAAAUUUGCAAAAUGUCCUUUUUAAACAAAGGAGAACACACCGAAUUGUCAAGAAAUCAAUGAAUUUAUGAAUAUACAUACAAAUCUAGAAUUUUUUUUCCACAAACAUGUAUUUUAUAUGUUGACUUUGCUGGCUUUCCAUAGUUACGAUUGAUGGGAUCAAUCACAACUCAUUGUAAGAUGGGCCCCUGUUUUGGAAUAAGUUAUCUACUUGCCUUUUAAUGGUUGCUAUUCCCCUGUUUGUUAUGGAGUAUUAGGAGGGAAAGAAUACCAUACCAUACCAAUGGCACAAAUGUGAAAGGUAAAAUUUCAUGGAAUGCAUGCCUUCAAAAGAAAAAUAUCCAUCAAAGUAAAUUUAGCUUCUGAUGUUUCCAACAACAAAAACGUUUUUGAAACAAUUUGAUUGCAAAAUAGUCAAACAUUCUGCAUAUUCAUGGUUACUAGCCAGAUACAUGUAUAAAGGAGAAUAUCAUGCAGAACUUGGCUGCCUGGAGGUUUGAUAUAACACUUUACUGUCUAGGAAGAGGUAUGAAAUGCCCAUGUAUUAAGAAUUGUUUUUUAAAACAUUAGAGUCACAGGUUUUUUGAAGAAUUUUGUUCAGAUGUUUUUGAAGGCAAAGGAAUUGGUAUCAAGAAAAAGUAUUAUAAAAAGAGGCAGAGAGAAAGAAGAACAAGAUGAUUUUGAAAAUUGCAAUUUUUCAACAAACAAAUAGAAUACUCUGAAGGUUUAGGUCAGUGGUAUGUCACCUGUAAUAACGUAAAAGCUAGAAUCAGUGUCGCCAAGACUAUAGCAUAUUAAGGUCUACCGUAUACUUGUUCAUAAUUCUUGAGACAAGUUUGAAGCCUGUCUGUAUGCACUGUACUGUAGCUUGGUGGAAUGGCGUUUUAAAGCAUCGGGGGAUUGUUUUGUCAUUGUACCGACCAACUUUAAAGCCGAUCAACUCGGGCAGAUCAAAUAAACUGUCCAAUAAUUUCUUCAUCAUACGAUCUUUGUAAUAUAUAAUUCAUGUUAGGUAUUGCCUCUCUGUGAUGACUUGACCAAGACUUAUUCUGGUAAACCCUCUUUGCGAGAUUUGGGGGGAAAAGAUUUUUACUUGUGUUUUAUUAUUUUCUGAAGUCGUGGAGACUCCAGGUGAAGGUUUUGUUCUUGAUAGAUCACGGUGCAUUCAUAUCGUGGAUUAUGUGAAGAUGUGGUUCACUGUGUUAAAAUGCUUUAAUUUAACAGUGUGAAUAUGAUUCCACACUGUGGACACCGCUACAGUGUGAGUGAUCACAGUACGUUCACAUAUUAGAUUAUGUAAAGAUGUGAUUCACUUUGUUAAAAUGCUCAAAUUUAACAAUGUGAAGAUUAUACCAUGCUGUGGACACUGCUACAGUGUGAGUGAUCACAGUGUGGAUUAUGUAAAGAUGUGAUUCACACUGUUAAAAUACUCAAAUUUAACAAUGUGAAGAUAAUUCCACACUGUGGACACCGCUUCAGUGUGAGUGUUCACAGUGCAUGCACAUAGUAGAUUAUGUAAAGAUGUGAUUCACUUAAAAUGCUCAAAUUUAACAAUGUGAAGAUGAUUCCACACUGUGGACACUGCUACAGUGUUAGUGUUCACAAUGUGUUCACAUAGUAGAUUAUGUAAAGAUGCGAUUCACUCUGUUAAAAUACUCAAAUUUAACAAUGUGAAGAUGAUUCCACACUGUGGACACCGCUUCAGUGUGAGUGUUCACAGUGCAUGUAGAUUAUGUAAAGAUGUGAUUCACUUAAAAUACUAAAAUUUAACAAUGUGAAGAUGAUUUCACACUGGACACUGCUACAGUGUUAGUGUUCACAAUGUGUUCACAUAGUAGAUUAUGUAAAGAUGCGAUUCACUGUGUUAAAAUACUCAAAUUUAACAAUGUGAAGAUAAUUCCACACUGGACACCGCUUCAGUGUUAGUGUUCACAAUGUGUUCACAUAGUAGAUUAUGUAAAGAUGCGAUUCACUCUGUUAAAAUACUCAAAUUUAACAAUGUGAAGAUGAUUCCACAUUGUGGACUCUGCUACAGUGUGUUCACAAUAUGUUUACAUAGUGGAUUAUGUGAAUAUGAGGUUUACAAUGUCUGAGCAUUUGAGUAUUUUAAGUGUGAAUAAGAUUUCAAAUUGUGUUCCACACUGUAAAUGCACUAUGAACACACUGUGGUAACCACUGUGGAACACUCUAUUAUAUCCAGCAGGGGUGUUGAGCUCCAAAUAAUGUGAUUUGUAUACUCACAUUCCUUGGGAAGGGUAUCUAAAUUGUGCUUUCAACACCAGCACCAACUCUGCACUUGAAAUCACCCAAUGGUGUACAGUGCUACAUACCCCUAAAGCCUUUCUACACAUUGAGUCACACCAAAGAAAAAAUUUGUUCAUACUUCAAUAUCUGACAAUUGUCUCGUCUCAUUUUACACAUUGACAAUUGUUAUAGGAUUAACAAUCAGAAGGGGCUGUAUUCUUAUUUCUUAAAUCAAUUGAUAAAUUUGGAUAUUUAUUAUGCAAUGUGUGUUGUCAUGUAUGCAUUAUUUCACUUGUAUUGAGAAAUGAAAAAUGAAUAAAUUUUACUAAACUAGA